AAGUAGACUGCUGUAGUGAAAAUUGCAAUUUUUCGAAUGCGAACGUGGUGUCGAAUACAUUUUUUUUAAUAGGUUGUCAUAGUAGGACUUUAAAGUUUAUUCAUACACACGAUGGCCGCUGAAAAUAAGAAAGGUAAAACGAAGUCAAACGAAGAAAUUUUGGAAGGAUUUCAGACUUUAAGGGCAGAACAGCGUCACAUGGUCAACAAACUUUCUGAAAUGGAAAUGGAGCUUCUGGAGCAUAAAAUGGUCAUAGAAUCCUUAAAAACUAUAGAAGAAAGCCGAAAAUGUUUCAGGAUGAUUGGUGGAGUACUGUGUGAAAGAACUGUAAAAGACGUACUGCCGAAUCUUAUUUCAAAUAGUGAACAGCUCGCCAAGUACGUCGAUACUUUAACCGAGCAGUUAAAGAAGAAAGGUCUGGAACUGAACGAGUACAAGGAAAAGUUCAACAUCAGAAUCCGUGGCCACGACGAGCUGCCCACGUCGUCAGAGUCAUCCAAAGAAGAGACCAAUCAGAAGGCACGCACCGGAAAUGUUCUGGUGGUUAAUAACCCGGUGUGAACAUAAAUAUCCGUAAUAAACAUUUUUUUUUUUUGCUUUGAUUUUACUACCCUGUUACUUAACCAUAAUAAAAACUGUGUAAAUAACGAUGCGAGCAAUGGGCUGAAAAUGAAAAACGUAGCCUGGAUUGAUCUGUAAAUCGAGAAUUGUAUUCUUUUGGAAUUAUAGUUUCUACUGCUUUGCAAAGCCUAUUUAAGUUUUUCUAAGUAGGUUCAGUCUAACAUGAUAGUCUAUGCAAAUAUGAAAGAUUCUUUUCAUGUGCAGGAUACUGCUGAGUCAAAUUUCUCAGUGUAACUAUUAAUUUGUUGAUUAUAAAAUAUUCGUAAUGUAGUUGGUAUAAGCAGUGUUUCUUCGCAUUAAGUGAAGUAGAUUACUAAAAGUUAAUGAAGGCGAGAGUUUGGUUCAUGUUGAGCACCUAGAUUAGUCAAAUGUAUAAAAAUAUUGUUUUGAGUAAAGCUGUAGGCCACACAAAGCUUUGCGAUGUUCGCUAAGUUUGCUGCGCCAGGUGGCCAACUGGCCAUACAGGAUAGUCUAGGUUGCAAUGUCUGAGAGACGCAUCAUGUGGAAUCAGAGUGAUGAUUCCGACGAUAAUAUUUUGCUGGUUCUCGCAGCAUGUAAGUGGAAAAAGAAAUGGUUCAUGAAUUUAAUAUAAAAACAAAA